ACCCAACAAUUCGCAGACACUGAUUAAUGACGACACUGGAGCUCUUGACCCCUCCAUGGAGCAGCAGUACACUGGACAGUACUACCAACCUGAGAUGACUUCUCGGGAGGGCACAGAAACAUAUUCGCCUGAAGAGGAACCGUCCCUUCUUGAGGAACUUGGCAUCAAUUUCAACCACAUCUGGCAGAAGACCCUGACGGUGUUGAACCCCUUUAAGCCUGCAGAUGGCAGCAUCAUGAACGAGACUGAUCUGACAGGUCCCGUCCUCUUCUGUGUGGCACUGGGGGUCACUUUAAUGAUGGCAGGUAAAGCCCACUUUGGGUAUGUGUACGGGCUCAGUGCCACAGCCUGCAUUGGGAUGUACGUCCUGCUGAGUCUCAUGAGCUCCCUGGCGGUGUCUUAUGGCUGUGUGGCCAGCGUCCUGGGGUACUGCCUGCUGCCCAUGGUGGGGAUCUCUGCAGUCGCCGUCUUCUGCUCUUUAAAGUAAGUCCACUCACUGGUUGU